UUCAACCAGAUGUCGCAUAAUAAUCACUGAACAAAAACAUAACGUUUCACACUGAAGGCCAAAGCAGCCGUGGACCAUUUAAAGCAGACUACGUGAUCAUGGCAGAAAUAGAGGAGGACAUUCCUGACCCCUUGCCUGUUGAGGAAGAUGAGGACUUGGAGAGGGAUGAAGAGGAGGGAGAAUUUGACUGGGUGGUGGAUGAGGCUGAUGAACUGGAUGAUGAGGAUGUAGUUGUUCUGGACACAGAAGCAGAGCCCUUUGAGUUGGAGCAGCCAGCUGAGCGCAGUGGCCACAUAGCAGCGGUGGAUGGACACUGCAUGUACGUUUGGGGAGGAUAUAAGAAUUCCCAAACCACUGGCUUCUUUGACUUAUACUUGCCAAGGAAUGAAAUCUGGAUCUACAACAUGGAGACAGAACGAUGGAAGAAGCAGAUGACUGCGGGUAACCUGCAUACCUCCAUGUCUGGCAGCUGUGGAGUGUGUGUGGAUGGCGUCCUCUACCUGUUUGGAGGCCACCAUGCCAGGGGAAACACUGACCGGGUCUUCCGGCUCCCCCUCCGAACACCGGCCCUCUGCUGGGAGGAGAUGAAGGAUCUCAAGGGCCUGGCCCCGUCCUGCAAGGACAAACUAGGCUGCUGGGUCCACAAGAACAGGCUAGUAUUCUUCGGGGGCUACGGCUAUAUGGCACAAGGAGCUCACCGAGGGACAUUUGAAUAUGAUGAAACUUCAUUCAUGGGAGAUAAUCCGGGGCGGGGCUGGAACAACCACAUUCACAUCUUAGACCUGGAGAAGUCUACUUGGAGCCAGCCAGUCACCAAGGGCAACGCCCCCUCUCCCCGGGCAGCGCAUGCCUGUGCCAAGGUGGGCAACCGAGGCUACGUGUUUGGGGGGCGUUACAGGGAUUACCGCCUGAACGACAUGUACUACAUCGACAUGGACUCCUGGGAGUGGCAUGAAAUGAGUGUUCCUCAGCAGGGUCCUGUGGGACGCUCAUGGCACUCCUUAACCCCUGUGUCACCUGACCACAUGUUCCUGUUCGGAGGCUUCACAACUUCCCGAGAGACGCUCAGUGAUGCUUGGCUGUACUGUGUCAGCAAGAACGAGUGGCAGCAGUUCAAGCACAAUCACACAGAGAGCCCCAGGCUCUGGCACACAGCCUGUUCCGGUCCUGGCGGGGAGGUGUUUGUGUUCGGUGGCUGUGCCAACAACCUGCUGUCCCAUCAGCGAGCGGCUCACAGCAAAGAGUUGCUGGUCUUCACAGUUCAACCCAAGUCACUUGUUCGGUUCUGUAUGGAAGCAGCGCUGCAGCACAGAGAGUUGCUAUCUGGGUCCUGGGACUGCCUGCCUAAACAUCUGCUACACACUCUCAGACAGAGGAUGGGAGGCAUCAACGCCCUGGGCUCAUAAGAGCCAUAUACCACCACGUUCUUUGGGGUGGUAGGGUUGAGUGUGUUUGAGAUGGUUGACUGCCACGGCCGUGCUGCUAGCUGAACGAAGAGGACAGCUCACCUGAUCUUGUCACCAAGUGUCAUGAGGAGUGGGUCGAGAAAAACAAAGUAAAUUCGUGUAAAUCAUUUAGAGAAAUGGAGGCUUUUGUAGGGACUAGUGUUGGCAAAUCCUUUAGGCCAGUCAAUCAGCAAACAUGGCAACGUUAUUUAUCCUAAUUCUGAGUGCUUACUUUUAUGAUGUAUAUAUUGUAUUGCAUAUAUAUGUGUGGAUUUGGUGUGCCUGUGUUUAAAAAAAAAAAAAAGAAGAAAAAAAAGUAUAUUUUUUUAAGUAACAGUAUCAUGUUUUAAGCCUGCUGGAGAGGUGGCAUACCUUAGACCAUGUUAGUCAGAAGAGGCUCGUGUAGCAUUUUGUCUGUUUUAAUCAGGUAAUACCAGUUACAUUGGAGCCACAUUGCACUGAAUUUCAUUAUCAAGAAGUUACUUGUUUGGUAUUAUUCUUGUCUGAUCUGCACAGCGUUCCCUUGACAUUUUUAUUAUAAAAUAUAUUGUAAAAAAAAUAAAUUAAAAUGUUUAAUUUUGCAUUAAGAAAAUAAACCAGACAAAUAUGCCAGAUCCGAUUCUGAUAUUUUACAUACACAUAUUAUCUUGAAUGAUAAAUGUAAAAAUCUGUGAAACAACUGAGGGAAAUGUAGGCUUUUCCUGUCAUCCAUAUAUUCAUUUGCAUAUUAUCAGUCAAUUGAAGGCAACAAUUAAGUCAGCAUCGUCUUAUUAAGGGAUGGGUUGACUCAUUGUCUCUGGUUUUCCUAUGCAUCAUGAUUACUGUCCAGAUGGGAAGAAAUCCCAUGACCAAUUCAUUCUACAGAGCCAUUUAUUAUUUGGCUGCCAGCAGAUUAGGUGCUGAUACUUUAACAUUGCCGUGGAUGUGUCUAGAUAAAUCCACAUCCUGAAACGAGCGAUAAAAGGAUGUGAAAACCAGAGCUCGCUUUUCACACUCAUGGAUGGUUAGUGAUAAGUGACUAAGCAGUCAUUCAUAUGGCCAAGGUGCAUGCUUAAAUAUUCCAGAAUGCCAGAAUAAGACCGAGACAAAUUUGUGUGAUUUACUAUAUAUAUAUAUAUACAUUUGAAGUCGGAAGUUUACAUACAACUUAGCCAAAUACAUUUAAACUCAGUUUUUCACAAUUCCUGACAUUUAAUCCUAGUAAAAAUUCCCUGUUAUAGGACAGUUAGGAUCACCACUUUAUUUUAAUGUCAAACUGUCAGAAUAAUAGUUGAGAAUGAUUUAUUCACAUUCCCAGUGGGUCAGAAGUUUACAUACACUCAAUUAGUAUUUGGUAGUAUUGCCCUUAAAAUUGUUUAACUUGGGUCAAAUGUUUCAGAUAGCCUUCCACAGGCUUACCACAAUAAGUUGGGUGAAUUUUGGCCCAUUCCUCCUGACAGAGCUGGUGUAAAUGAGUCAGGUUUGUAGGCUUCCUUGCUCACACAUGCUUUUUCAGUUCUGCCCACAAAUUUUAUAUAGGAUUGAGCUCAGGGCUUUGUGAUGGCCAUUCCAAUACCUUGACUGUGUUGUCCUUAAGCCAUUUUGCCACAACAUGCUUGGGGUCAUUGUUCAGUUGGAAGACCCAUUUGUGACCAAGCUUUAACUUCCUGACUGAUGUCUUGAGAUGUUGCUUCAAUAUAUAGAAACAGGACAUGUUUGUCCUCUACAAAGAAGACAAAUUGUGCAAGCUAUUUUUAUGUCUGUUAUAGAUUAUGUGGAUAUUAUCUGCAUGCUACGGCAUCAACACUUAAACCGCUGGAUGCUACUUAUCAUUGCGCACUCAGAUUUAUUACGGGCGUAAGCUACAGAACUCACCACUGUGUUUUAUAUUAACAUGUGGGUUGGACUCCGCUGUCCAUGAGACGAGAACAACAUGCUCUCGUGUUUGUCUAUAAAGCACUUCUGAAUAAACUACCUUCUGAUUUAUCAUCACUUCUCAACAUUAUAAUUAUAAUUCAUGAAAACAGGUCUCAAACAUGGAUUACACUUGAGGCCAAAAUGCGAUUUCCAGAGUUGGUUAUCGCUGUCUUUUCCUGUUAUGCUCCUUGCCUAAGGAAUAGCCUGCAGACUAAACUUCAACUUGAGACUCUUGUCCCUGUCGCCCAUUUUAAACAUUUAUUGGAGGAUAUUUAUUUUUCUAUUUCUUGUAACUGUUUCGGGUAAUGCAAGUUCUUGUGCUGUUUAGGGGAAUAACCUGUUUGGGGAAUAACGUGUUUGUGGAAUAACCUGUGUGUAAAUGUAACAAUCUGCUGCUGUAUUUUUUGUGUUAUCUGUGAUGGUUUUGUCUUGUGUAGUUUCUUAAUCAUUGUACCUGAACUGUAUGUGUAAACAUGUAUAAGCAGGGCCCAGCUGUAAAAGAGACCUUGGUCUCAGUCUGUGCUCCUUGUUGAAAUAAAGGUAUCAUAAUCAUA